CGGACCCUCUCCACCAUUGGCUUAUCCGGUCUUCUCCUCCUCUCUCUCCUUUCUUCCGCCGUCUCGCCGGCCAAAAGACCAGCAACCAUGGGGAAAGCGUUUCCCCUCCCAUCUCCGGCUCUCCUCUCCCUCCUCCUCCUCCUCCUCCUGCUGUUGAUCCCGGCGGACAGUAACACUGGCCGGCUGUCUACGUACAUCGUCCACGUGUCCCCCGCCCACAAGCCAGCCUCCUCCCCGACUCUCCGCCAGUGGUACUGGUGCACCCUCCGCUCCCUCCCCCGCCACCUCCGGCGCGCCCCCGCUCCCGCUCCCCGCCUUCUCUACGCCUACUCCCGUGCUGCCGCCGGCUUCGCCGCCCGCCUCUCCCCCGCCCAGGCCGCCGCCGUCCGCUCCCUCCCCCACGUCCUCUCCGUCCUCCCCGACCGCGCCCGCCAGCCCCACAUCACCCACUCCCCCACCUUCCUCCGCCUGUCCCCUUCCUCCGGCCUCUGGCCCUCCUCCUCCUUCGCCUCCGACGCCGUCGUCGCCGUCCUCGACACCGGUAUCUUCCCCUCCCGCGCCUCCUUCUUCGACUCCUCCCUCUCCGCUCCCCCCUCCUCCUGGCGUGGCUCCUGCGACUCCGGCCCCGGAUUCAACUCCUCCCAAGCCUGCAACCGCAAGCUCAUCGGCGCUCGCUUCUUCUACAAGGGCUACGAGGCCGCCAUGGGCCACCCCAUCGACGAAUCCCGGGAGUCCAAAUCCCCCCUCGACACCGAGGGCCACGGCACCCACACCGCCUCUACCGCCGCCGGCGCCGCUGUCGACGAUGCCGGCUUCUACCAGUACGCCCGCGGCGAGGCCCGUGGCAUGGCCACCAAGGCGAGGAUUGCCGCCUACAAGAUCUGCUGGGCCUCCGGCUGCUUCGACUCCGACAUCCUUGCCGCCAUGGACGCCGCCAUCGACGACGGCGCUGAUGUCAUCUCCCUCUCCGUCGGUGCCAACGGCUUCGCCCCAAGCUUCGACCGCGACUCGAUCGCCAUCGGCGCCUUUGGCGCCGCCCGCCACGGCGUCAUCGUCUCGUGCUCCGCCGGGAACUCCGGCCCCGGGCCGUACACCGCCGUCAAUAUCGCUCCGUGGAUCCUCACCGUCGGGGCGUCCACCAUUGACCGAGAGUUCCCGGCUGAUGUCAUCCUCGGUGACGGCACCACCUACGGCGGCGUCUCGCUCUAUGCCGGAGAGCUGUCGAACUCUACCGAUCUCCCGUUGGUCGACGCCGGCGAUUGCGGGUCCCGGCUGUGUAUAACCGGGUACCUCGACUCGGCCAAGGUUGCUGGAAAGAUCGUUCUUUGCGACAGGGGUGCCAAUGCUCGGGUGGAGAAGGGGAGUGCCGUGAAAUUGGCCGGCGGCGCUGGGAUGAUUCUGGCCAACACCGCCGAGAAUGGGGAGGAGCUCAUUGCCGACUCCCACCUCAUUCCCGCCACAAUGGUCGGUGAAUCAGCCGGAGAUAAGAUCCGGGGCUACAUCAAGUCACAGUCUUCUCCCACUGCCACCAUUGUUUUCAAAGGAACGGUGAUCAGCUCAUCGCCACCCGCCCCCAAGGUGGCCGCUUUCUCGAGCCGGGGCCCUAAUUACCGUGCUCCGGAGAUCCUCAAGCCUGAUGUGAUCGCCCCUGGUGUCAAUAUUCUGGCGGCUUGGACGGGGGCGAGCAGCCCGACGGACCUUGACAUCGAUCCAAGACGGGUGGAGUUCAAUAUAAUCUCAGGUACCUCCAUGUCAUGCCCGCAUGUCAGCGGCAUCGCUGCCUUGCUUCAUAAGACCUACCCGGAUUGGAGCCCAGCUGCCAUCAAGUCCGCCCUCAUGACGACAGCCUCUAAUUUGGACAAUUCCGGCGAGCUCAUCAAAGAUUUAGCUACCGGCAAAGAAUCCACGCCAUUUGUUCGCGGCGCCGGCCAUGUAGACCCCAACAAGGCUCUUGAUCCUGGUCUAGUUUAUGACUCACAGGUCGAGGACUACCUCGCCUUCCUCUGCGCCAUUGGAUACAGUCCUCAACAGAUUGCACUCUUCACCAGGGAUGAGAUCGCUGUGAAUUGCUCUGCCCUGACAUUGGCAAGCCCUGGCGACCUCAAUUACCCAGCUUUCUCUGCUGUCUUCUCUUCAGCCAGCGACGUCGUUACAUACAGCAGAGUAGUGCGAAAUGUCGGAGGCCCAGACGACGCUGCGUAUGAGGCUGAAGUCUCCUGCCCACCGGGUGUGAAUGUCACGGUGACUCCGAGCAAGCUCGUGUUUGAUGCCGUGGAGCAGAGCUUGUCCUAUAAGAUCACACUUGCUUCAAUGGCUGAUGCGGCGGUUGCAGGCUCGCGUAGCUUUGGGUGGAUCUCAUGGAGUGAUGGCGCACAUAUUGUGAGGAGCCCCAUUGCUGUGAGCUGGCGCGAGAGUCUCGUGUCCUCCAUUUAAACUGCUGCUAUGCUUUAGGGUCUCAGAUUAAAGGGAGAAGUUUGAAAGGUUUGGAUUUCUGAUUAGUUAGCCAUGGGAUUUGUGGUCGAGCAGCAUAUGGAGGGUUGAAAAUUCUCAGAUAGGUCGUCAUCAGAUGGGAAGACCAGAAUCUGUAACAAUGUGAACAUAUUUGUUGAUUGAAAUAAGAAAAGCUCUGGUGUUUUAAUUUUGCACAAACUUCGUCACCCUUUUUUCGUUAUAUUUUGGCUAAUGUCCAGGGUAGACAUUGGAACUGCACUUGUACAGAUGCUUUGUAAAAAUUAUGAAAAAGCCUUGGGUUGUAAUGUUAUGCAUUCUAAUGUUGAAGUGA